UGCGCGCUCAACCAGUGGGCUCUGGACUUCGAGGGCAACUUGCAAAGGAUUUUAAAGAGCAUCGAGAUCGCCAAGCAGAAGGGAGCAAGGUACCGGCUGGGCCCAGAGCUGGAAAUAUGCGGCUACGGGUGCUGGGAUCACUAUUACGAGUCGGACACCCUCUUGCAUUCUCUGCAAGUCCUGGCUGCCCUCCUGGAGUCCCCAGUCACUCAGGACAUCCUCUGCGACGUGGGGAUGCCCGUGAUGCACCGGAACGUCCGCUACAACUGCAGGGUGAUAUUUCUCAACAGGAGGAUCCUGCUCAUCAGACCCAAGAUGGCCUUGGCCAACGAAGGGAACUACCGUGAGCUGCGCUGGUUCACCCCCUGGUCCCGGAGCCGGCAGACGGAGGAGUAUUUCCUCCCUCGGAUGAUCCAGGAGGUGACCAAGCAGGUGAGGCCGGUGGGGGACCGUGUGGGGCGGGAGCCCUCCCGUCACAGUCACAGUGGCCGGGCCCCCGUGAGCCCCGUCGGGCCAAUUCCGACCCGGGGAUGGGCUACUCCCUAUUUGAUGGCCUCCGGCAGCCACCACGUGCUGCGCAAAGCCCACGCCAGGGUGGACCUGGUCACCAUGGCCACCGCCAAGAACGGCGGCAUCUACCUGCUGGCCAACCAGAAGGGCUGCGAUGGGGACCGGCUCUACUACGACGGCUGCGCCAUGAUCGCCAUGAACGGCGCCGUGUUCGCACAGGGAUCCCAGUUCUCCCUGGACGAUGUGUUCGCCCUCUCGUGCCACGAGGACCUGCUGCAGCCGCUGUCAGAGCCCGUGGAGUGGAGAUACCACGGCGUCGGCGAGGAGAUCAGCCUCGGGCCCGCUUGCUGGCUCUGGGACUUUUUAAGACGAAGCCAACAGGUAAGCCCUGGGGCCGCGCCCGCCGACCUGCUCCUCGCUGCACGCUGCGAGGCCGGCUACACGCCCGAGGACCCCCGGGAGCUCUGCGGGCGCCUGCUCACCACCUGCUACAUGGCCAGCGAGAACUCCUCCCGGGAGACCAGCGACAGGGCCCGGGAGUUGGCCCAGCAGAUCGGAAGCCACCACAUCGGCCUCAGCAUCGACCCCGCCGUGACGGCCGUCAUGAGCAUCUUCAGCCUGGUGACGGGGAAGAGGCCGCUGUUUGCGGCUCACGGGGGCAGCAGCAAGGAGAACCUGGCGCUGCAGAACGUGCAGGUGCGCCUCCCAGCCCCGCCCCGUCCCCGCGUGACACUGACCCUGCGGCCUCCUGGACCGGCUGCACGGGGGGUGCCAAGUCCUGGAGAUGCCAGGCCCCCGCGCUGGGGGAGUCGCACCCCUCGGGUCGGCCGCACGGAACCCCGUUUUCUCUCGCGCAGCCUCCUGGGCUACCUGACCAAGUACGACUGCUCCAGCGCUGACAUUAACCCCAUUGGGGGCAUCAGCAAGACGGACCUGCGGGUCUUCGUCGAGUUCUGCCUGGAGCGCUUCCAGCUCCCCGCCCUGCAGCGCAUCCUGGCCGCCCCGGCCACCGCAGAGCUGGAGCCCUUGGCCGAUGGACAGGUGUCCCAGACGGACGAGUGUUUUGCAGGUUUCACUAAGCGCCGGCCCCCCGCCCGCCAGGUGGCUGACAAGGUGAAGCGGUUCUUCUCUAAGUAUUCCGUGAACAGACACAAGAUGACCACGCUCACGCCCGCGUACCACGCCGAGAGCUACAGCCCCGACGACAACAGGUUCGACCUGCGGCCAUUCCUCUACCACGUGGGCUGGCCCUGGCAGUUCCGCUGCAUAGAAAACCAGGUGCUGCAGCUGGAGAGGAGGGAGCGGCAGGGCCUGGACGGUGUGGACUGACCCCGGCCCGGCCCCA